AUGGCGAGCUCCAAGGUAAACAACCGGGUUGCGAUGCUCAAGCGAACAUAAAGUGGCAAAAUAUGGAGGGUAAAAUGAAAGCAAGAAUGAAUGGAAACGUCCCAACAUCACUUGGGAGACCUGUUGGUUUGAUGGCAUUAGAUGAACCGCCUCCAAGAAUGAGAAGGACAAUCGCAAGUUCUGGUCGUAACAAACCAGUAAUAUUACGGCACGAUAUGGGUGCUGGUCCAACUCCACCGUCCCGGACACAAGACCGCAAAGGUAACAAGGAAAUCACUUUGGAGGGAAGUCCAGAAUGUGAUAUACAGUUCAUAGAUGUUCCAAAAACUGGACAAAAUUUGAAAAACACAACUGACCCUACAUUUGGUCGAGUGUUAAACACUGAUGUGGAGGGAGGCCAAAGGGGGAUGGGGCCAACUAGUAAACUGGUAAAAAGGGACUCUAAAGGGAAAAUACCAGGUAUAGACAGUGGUGCUCCCAGUGGAAGUAGAAGUGGUGCUCCUGACAGUAUUAUCUAUAGAAGUGGUGUUCCUGGGGGUAGCUCUAGAAGUGCUUCCAACGUAAGCAGAAAGGUUGGUGGUCUUUCAAAUGAAAGGACAACUGCUAGUGGAAUCUCAAGGAACACUGUUCAAAGUGGUGUUCCCAGAAGUGGUCAGAGAGGAGUUGAAGGAAGCAGCAAGAGUGGUGUUUCUGCUAAUCGGAGUGGUAACCUUGGUAAUCGGAGUGGUAACCUUGGUCAGAGAAGUGGUAUAGCCUCUACUGACACGGAGAAAUGUGGUCUGCCCAGCAGUGGUAGGCCUAGCAGUGGUAGAAAGGCUGCUUCCUCUGGUAGGAGAACUGGUGCUCCCAGCAGCGGGACUGAAAAAAGUAGAGCUCCUGGCAGUGGUACUCGUAGAGGCAGUGCUUCCAGUAGUGGAAGAAGUAGUGCUUUAAGCAGCACAAGGAGCGGAUACAGUGAUGCCUUAGAAUCCGAGAUAAGCCAGAGCACCGAGUUCUCAGAAGUUCCAAAACAGUCCAGAGUCAUUGAUCCAAAGGAAAUUCUUGAGCAGAAUCAGGAAGGAGAUUUUGAGAAAAUUUAUGAGAUCAAUCUCCAUGCUGCUGAAUUGACUGCCAUCUCUAAUUUAGAAAAGUUUACCAAAGUGAGAGUACUAGACCUGUCAUGUAACUUCAUUGAGAAAAUUGAAAACUUGGAGCCAAACUCGGAUUUGCGGGAACUCAAACUUUAUGACAACAGACUUAGGGUGGUGGAGCGGUUAAAAGGUUGUAAAGAGCUCAGUAAUCUCCAGCUACAACACAAUAAAAUCAGACAGAUUGGUAAAGGCUUGAGUGGUUUAUCUAAACUAAAGCACUUACGUAUAGACUGUAACCGUCUCCUUAAGCUGGAGGCAGCAGAGGUUUCUUGCUGCUCUCAGCUGACCACACUGGACAUCAGUUUUAAUAUACUAGAUAAUAUCUCGGCGCUGAACUACCUUCCUCACCUUGAAGAUCUGUUGGCAGCCGGUAACAGGCUGCGAAGUGUUGACCUGUCUCGCUGUAAGCGGUUACAGGAAGCAGACUUAUCAAAUAACAAGCUAGCAGACAUCAGUGGACUGCGAGGUCUUCCCAACCUACAGAUAAUAAAUCUUGGAUCUAAUCAACUGACAUCAUUAAAAGGUCUUGGCAAAUCAAGAUCAUUACAAGAAAUCCAUGCGGCUGAUAACAAGUUUACAGAACUCUCUUAUAUCCCGACCAACUUCCCCAAACUGGAAAUCCUUAACAUCACCGAUAGUUGUAUAGAGGACUUUGAUGAAGUGUGCUAUCUGGAGGAGCUAAGUGAACUAGCAGAACUUUUCAUCGCUGGGAAUCCGUUCUCUGAGCCUGGGGGUUCUCACACUCACUACAUGGCAGAGAUGCAAGUUAUCCUCCCAAACCUGGAGAUUUUGGACGGGGCACAUGUAAAGAGAACUGCCCAGAAAGGAGCUCCAGUGAUGAGGCCAAUGUCUGCCUCAACCAUCAUCAGUGUGCGACAAGUUGAGGCACAAAUAAAAUCCUCUGACAGUGAGAUGAAAAAUUUGGAAAGCAGUAUUCUUAAACAGUUUGACUCUCUAAGAGAGAUGUAUGAGACGUUACCAGAGAGACCCUUGUCACCUCUUACAUCGGAGAAUUCCUUAGAUGGUCAGCGGAAGACUCGCAGUCGAGCAAGAAUUCAAGAUGCCAUGAAGUUUGCUGCUGACAAUUUUUGAAGAAAUCAGUUGAUCAUGCUUGAUAAUAGAAGAUAUGGACAAGAGUGAACUAGAUUUUGUCAUUUCAAAUUAAUAUUCUAUUUAUUAAAAUAAGCGAAGUCACAGAUAUUGAAUGCCUUGUAUAAAACAUCUUGCUGACAGGAUAUAUGUUUUUCACAGUAUUAUGUUUGUAAUGAGUGAACUAUUUGUGUAGAUAUGCACGUUGUCAGGCAUAACUUAUUUUUCGUUACAUCUCUGUUGGAGAUGGCGUUAUAGCAUGUACUGUACACUAUGCUGUCUUGUUGCACCAGAGUAUUCAUGAUAAUGUGGUAAGAGAAUGUUAAUUUGGACCAAAGUUUUAUAUAUGAUUCCUUUUCGUGCAAAUUGUUCUUGUUACUUUUGUGCUAAUUAGUCUCCUGUUAACAACAUGUUUGAAUUCUGUUCAAGCUUCUUCAAAAAUUCACAUUUGAUAGGUACGGAUAGGUCUGAUGAGAAGUAUAAGGAGAAGUAGGGUGGGAAGUGUAAGAGCAGGACUCUUGGGAAGUGUAAGAGCAGGUGAUAAGUGUAAGAGCAGAUUUGAUGAAAAAAAGAGUUAAGAUAGAUAAGAAGAGAAAACUUGAGGAUCAGCCAGAACUGUAAUGACAUUUACAGCAAGAAAAGAACAGUGAAAAUAAGUGUGGUGAGAAUUGUAAACACAGGUGAGAAUUGUAAACACAGAUUAAAAGUGAAAGGACAUGAACAAUGAGAAAUUUCAGGAAAGUGUAUUGUCAGGUGAGAACUGUAAGGACAGGUGAGGUGAGAAGUGUAAAGACAGGUGAGGUUAGAAGUGUAUGGACAGGUGAAAAGUGUAAGGACAGGUGAGAAGUGUAAGGACAGGUGAGGUGAGAACUGUAAAGACAGGUGAGGUUAGAAGUGUAAGGACUGGUGAGAAAUGUAAGGACAGGUGAAAGUGUAAGGACAUGUGAGGUGAGAAGUGUAAGGACAUGUGAGAAGUGUAAGGACAGGUGAGAAGUGUAAGGACAGGUGAAGUGAGAAGUGUAAGGACAUGUGAGAAGUGUAUGGACAAGUGAGGUGAGAAAUGUAAGGACAGGUGAGAAGUGUAAGGGCAUAUACAAAGUGUAUGGACAGAUUUGGUGGGAAGUGUAAGAGCAUGUGAGAAGUGUAUGGUCAGGUGAGGUGAGAAGUGUUAAAGACAGGUGAGAAGUGUAAGGACAUAUAAAAAGUGUAUGGACAGAUUUGGCGAGAAGUGUAAGAACAGGUGAGAAGUGUAAGAAUAGUCUAGAAGUGUAAGGACAGGUGAGAAGUGUAAGGACAGGUUAAGUGAGAAGUGUAAGGACAUGUCAGAAGUGUAAGGACAGGUGAGAAGUGUAAGGACAGGUUAAGUGAGAAGUGUAAGGACAUGUGAGAAGUGUAAGGACAGGUGAGAAGUGUAAGGACAGGUGAGAAGUGUAAGGACAAGUGAAAAGGGAAAGGACAUGAACAUUGAGAAAUUUCAGGAAAGUGUAUUGUCAGGUGAGAAGUGUAAGGACAGGUGAGGUGAGAAGUGUAAGGACAUGUGAGAAGUGUAAGGACAUGUGAGAAGUGUAAGGACAAGUGAGGUGAGAAAUGUAAGGACAGGUGAGAAGUGUAAGGGCAUAUACAAAGUGUAUGGACAGAUUUGGUGGGAAGUGUAAGAACAUGUGAGAAGUGUAUGGUCAGGUGAGAUGAGAAGUGUUAAAGACAGGUGAGAAGUGUAAGGACAUAUAAAAAGUGUAUGGACAGAUUUGGCGAGAACUGUAAGAACAGGUGAGAAGUGUAAGAAUUGUCUAGAAGUGUAAGGACAGGUGAGAAGUGUAAGAAUAGUCGAGAAGUGUAAGGACAGGUGAGAAGUGUAAGGAUAGAUGAGAAGUGUAAGGACAGUUGAGAAGUGUAAGGACAUGUGAGAAGUGUAAGGACAGGUGAGAAGUUUACGGACAGAUUUGGUGAGAAGUGUAAGAACUGGUGAGAUGUGUAUGGACACGGUGAUGUGAGAAGUGUAAGAACAGUUGGGAAGUGAAUGGACAGGUGAGAUGAGAAGUGUGAGGACAGGUGAAAAGUUUAUGGACAGGUGAGGUGAGAUGUGAUAAAGGAUUGUACGAUGAGAAGUAUAAGGACAGGUGAGAAGUGUAAGAACAGGUGAGAAGUGUAAGCACCGGUGAGAUGUUUAUGGACAGGUGAGGUGAGAUGUGAUAAAGGAUUGUACGAUGAGAAGUAGAAGGACAGGUGAGAAGUGUAUGGACAUAUUUGGUGAAAAUUUAAGGACAGUUACAGUUUUUGAAACUUAACACCAAGAUGUUACAUACCUUUGACCUAUUCACCAAGUUACAUUUCAUGCAGAACAACAAAUUAUCAGAAAACCUUUGAUUAAACAGUUUCUAUAUUA